AUGGCCGAGAAGCUGGUGGCUGGGGACCUGUUCCUGAGGAAGACCCGGGAAUCGGUGUCAUCCCUGGACUCAGACAAGCUGGCACCCAUCUCGCCCGAGGCGGGCGGUGAGGAGUCUUCUGACAGUGAGGGCGAGCAGGAGGACAGUUCCCACAAACUCAUCCGGAAGGUGUCCACCUCGGGGCAGAUGAGGAGCAAGAAGAGCGUGAAGGAGGGGCUGUUGCUGAAGCAGACGAGCUCCUUCCAGAGGUGGAAGAGGCGAUACUUCAAGCUGCGGGGCAGGACACUCUAUUACGCCAAGGAUGCCAAGUCCCUGAUCUUCGACGAGGUGGACCUGUCCGAUGCCAGUGUGGCCGAGACCAGCACCAAGAACAUCAACAACAGUUUCACGGUGAUCACGCCAUUCCGGAAGCUCAUCCUAUGUGCAGAGAACCGGAAAGAGAUGGAGGACUGGAUCAGUGCCCUGAAAUCUGUCCAGAAGUGGGAGAUCCAUGAGACCACACAGUUCAACAUGGAGCACUUCUCGGGCAUGCACAACUGGUACGCCUGCUCCCAUGCACGCCCCACCUUCUGCAAUGUGUGCCGCGAAGCCCUCCCGGGGGUCACCUCCCAUGGCCUCUCCUGCGAAGUCUGCAAGUUCAAGGCGCACAAGCGCUGUGCCGUCAGAGCCACCAACAACUGCAAGUGGACAACCCUGGCCUCCAUCGGCACCGAAAUCAUUGAGGACGAGGAUGGGGUGGCCAUGCCCCACCAAUGGCUGGAGGGGAACCUGCCCGUCAGCGCACGCUGCGCUGUCUGCGACCGGACCUGCGGCAGUGUCCGGAGGCUGCAGGACUGGCGGUGUCUCUGGUGCAAGGCCAUUGUUCACAGUGCCUGCAAGGAGCUCUUUGGCAAGAGGUGUCCCCUGGGCCAGUACAAAGUGUCCAUCAUCCCACCGACCGCCUUGAACAGCAUCGAUUCAGAUGGUUUCUGGAAGGCCACCUGCCCAUCGACCUGCUCCAGCCCUCUCCUGGCCUUCGUCAACUCCAAGAGUGGGGACAAUCAGGGUGUCAAGUUUCUGCGCAAGUUCAAACAGUUCCUCAACCCGGCUCAAGUCUUCGACCUCAUGAACGGGGGCCCACACCUGGGGCUGCGCCUCUUCCAGAAGUUCUCCACCUUCCGGAUCCUGGUGUGCGGAGGGGACGGCAGCGUGGGCUGGGUGCUCUCCGAGAUCGACGCCCUUGGCCUCCACAAGCAGUGCCAGCUGGGAGUCCUGCCCCUGGGGACCGGCAAUGACCUGGCACGGGUGCUGGGCUGGGGCAGCCUGUGCGACGAUGACACCCAGCUGCUGCAGAUCCUGGAGAAGCUGGAAAGGGCCACCACCAAGAUGCUGGACCGGUGGAGCGUGCUGACCUACGAGGCCCCCAAGCAGUCCCCCCCGGCCCUCAAGGAGGAGGAGAAUGGGGACUCCAACAUCCAGGCCCAGAUCUCCCACUACGCUGACUCUGUUGCCUUUCACCUGGCCAAGAUCCUGGAGUCGGACAAGCACUCUGUGGUGAUCUCAUCUGCAAAGUUCCUCUGCGGCACUGUCAAUGACUUCGUGGCUGAAGUCGGCCGGGCUUACAAGAGGGCAACAGAGAACAAGCAGGAGGCUGAGCUGAUGGCACGGAAAUGUGCCAUGCUGAACGAAAAGCUGGACUCGCUGGUACGGGAGCUGAAUGAGGAGGCUCAGGCCAUCGUGGUCCCUGAGGGAAUGGCGCAGGCCACCCCUGCCGACACCAAGGACCAGGAGAACGGAGGCAGCUUCAACCCCAGCCCCAUGCCUCGCAUCUUCAAAUCCAAGGAGCAGCUCAUGCUGCGGGCAAACAGCCUGAAGAAAGCCCUGCGGCAAAUCAUUGAGCAGGCGGAGAAAGCUGUGGAUGAGCAGAACAAGCAGACCCAAGCCUACCGGGGCAAUGUGGGCCCCAGCAAGAAGGACAGCUCAGAGGAGCUCAACAAGGAGGAUGAAAGGCUCAGCUCCCGGCGGGAGACGGUGACCUCCGCGUCUUCUCCCAUCAUCCUGGACCGGCCGGACACCUUUGGCAGCUUGCAGUUCCCCGAAGACCCCAGUGCCCUCCACUUCUCGGAGAAAUGUGUCAUGAAUAACUACUUCGGCAUUGGCCUGGAUGCGAAGAUCUCCCUGGAGUUCAACAACAAACGGGAUGAGCACCCCAAGAAGUGCAGCAGCCGCACCAAGAACAUGAUGUGGUAUGGGGUGCUGGGCACAAAGGAGCUCCUGCAGCGUACCUACAAGAACCUGGAGCAACGGGUGCAGCUGGAGUGUGAUGGGGUGCCCAUCUCACUGCCCAGCCUGCAGGGCAUCGCUGUCCUCAACAUCCCCAGCUACGCCGGGGGCAUCAACUUCUGGGGAGGCACCAAGGAGGACAAUAACUUUGGGGCUCCAUCCUUUGAUGACAAGAAGCUGGAGGUGGUGGCUGUCUUCGGCAGCAUCCAGAUGGCCGUGUCGCGGGUCAUCAACCUCCAGCACCAUCGUAUUGCGCAGUGCCGUGUGGUGAAGAUCACCAUCCGGGGGGACGAGGGCGUUCCUGUGCAGGUGGAUGGAGAAGCCUGGAUCCAGCCGCCCGGCGUCAUCAAAAUCCAGCACAAGAACCGAGCCCAGAUGCUGACAAGGGACCGGGCAUUUGAAAGCACCCUCAAGUCCUGGGAAGACAAGCAGAAGGGGGAGAGCUACCGAGCUGCCUCCCGGCCACGGCUCAGCUCCCAGCAGUCCAUGGAGUACCUGACCGAGGAGGAGAGCAGCCUCUUGCAGCAGGUCUCGCAGGUUGCCGAGACCCUCAUUGCCAGGAUCCACGAGGCAGCCAAGGCUCACAAAGCCGUGGAGCAGGAGCUGGCGCACGCUGUCAACACCAGCUCCCUGGCGCUGAGCGAAGCCCUCUCCAACAAAGCCGCUGGCAACGCGGAGUUUCUCAGCAGGAAUGCAGCUGUGGAGGUGGUGCUGAGUAUCAAGGAGCUGUACACCGAGACCAGGGCAUUCCUGGAAGGGAAGGCGGUGGACUCACCGCAGGAGGAGGAGGCCCUGCACCGCCCCCUGAGUGUCCUGGGCCAGGAGCUGCAGAGGCUGCUGGACAUCCACUGGCUGGGGCCUAUUGCCCACCCCGCUGAGGAGGAAAGCGCCGGCAGCGCCAACAAGGGCAGCUUCAAGCUUCGCCUCAACAUCCCCAAGCCCAGGAAGGACAAGGACAAGGUGCAAAAGCAGAAGACCAACAGUGUGCUCCCAGGUAAAGGGCCCUGUCCACCUCUGUGGUUUUCCUCCCUGCUAGCAGACAAGUGGAGCUCCGAGGAGGUGGCCGCUUGGCUGGAAGCACUCGGUUUAGGGGAGUACAGAGACAUUUUUGUCCGGCAUGACAUCCAGGGCUCUGAGUUGAUCCUGCUGGAGAGGAGAGACCUGAAGGACCUGGGGAUCACCAAAGUAGGCCACAUGAAAAGAAUCCUCCAGGCCAUUAAGGAGCUCAGCAACCCACCCUAG